UCAACACAUGUUUCUAUUAAUUUAUCUGCGACAUUUACAUACGUCGUAUUAUGGUUAUUAAACAGAGGCUAGUGAAAAAUAAUUUAUCUGUUGUUAUCGACUUAUUUGAAAUUUCGUUCAAAAUAGAAACAUCGCAUUCUCGCAAACAGAACGUAUCGAUAUAUCGAAUACCCGGCAGUUCACGUUAGCAGUGUAGUGUUUGGAAUGUUUAGGUUAGAGUAGCUAUUUUCAUAAUUAAAAAUAAUCACGGUAAUUCUGAAUGUCAUGUGAUUAGCGCGAGAUUUUUCGAUUUUUAUAGUGGUUAAUAUUCGAACGCCUGUUUGUUGAAUCGGGUCAGAUUUUUCGCGGUAAAAACAGUGCAUGUUGAGAAGGGAAGAGUGUCAAAAUAAUCUACCAACUGUUCUGUCAGAUGUUUUUUAUACGACUUUGAUACGAAAAGACAAAACUACGGUGAAAUUAAGAUACUAUCUUCAAGAUAUUUCACACAUUAAAAAUGGCAGCAAGUGAACCCGGUGUAUCAUCAACUCCUAGAGAAGAUAACAAUUGGAGACAAAAUUUGAUAUUACAGCUCCAAGAAAGAAAUAGGAAGCAAACAUAUUGUUUUGCAGAUCUCAUCAGUUUGCACAACAGACUGUUUGAAAAUGCAAACACAUUGCGUACAGAAAAUAUUCAGCUAACUAUAGCAAAUGAAACACUCCGUCGAGAGGCAGUUAGUGGAACUCCUGGAUUAGGUGUAAAUAGUGAUCUUGAAGCUCGUCUUUUAAAACAAGCAGAAGAGUUAGCUACAUUACAUAAGAGGAAAGGAGAAAAUACGCAACAAAUAGUAGAUCUUAAUAAUAAAUUACAAGAAAUGAUGAAGGAGUUUCAAGCAAAGGAAACCAGCCUUUCUGAAAGUAUGGAGCUUAAUGCCAACUUACGUUUAGAAAUAAGUAAAUGCCUUAGUAGAGAAAGGGAGUUGGAAAGUAUUAACCAGAUGUUGAAAGAUGAACAUCAAGCUCUACAACUCGCUUUUGCAUCUUUAGAAGAAAAGCUUAGGAAAGCACAGGAAGAAAAUCGCCAGUUAGUGGAACGCUUAAUCAAGUACAAAACAAGAGAUGCAGAAAAAGUAAAUGAAGAAAAUGACAACUUUUUGAAUGAGAGUUUUUCCAGUCCGACAGCCUUUUUGAUGCAUACCAUAUCAAAGUUUGGAAAGAGACAAGCAAAGAUGCAAAAGGAAUUGGAGGACGCUGCUCGUGACACACGACCGGUCAGUCCUGACAGAUCGAAUCUAAAAGAAGGAAUUGCUGGUCUUCCUACUGCGGUACCGACCAAAGUGUCGGUCACAUUUAAUGCUCACGACGGAGAAGUUUAUGCUGUAAAAUGGUCUCCUGUUGAGAGGAUCCUUGCGACCGGAGGGGCUGACAGAAAGGUGAAGCUUUGGAAUAUCACAAAAGGUACCUCGGAGAGUAAAGGAAUUCUUGUUGGCAGCAACGCAGGAGUAAUGUCUGUUGAUUUCGAUUCAACGGGGACGCUGAUCCUUGGAGCAUCUAAUGAUUAUGCCAGCCGGGUGUGGACUGUGAGUGAUCUUCGACUAAAGCACACUCUAACGGGCCACUGCGGGAAGGUGAUGGCGGCGAAGUUUCUUGGCGAACCUUCAAAAGUAGUUACGGGUAGUUACGAUCGUACCCUAAAAAUUUGGGACCUGCGUAGCAAAGCGUGCAUAGAAACAAAAUUUGCGGGCUCUAGUUGCAACGACCUCGUGACUUCCGAUGGGGCAGGCUCGACGAUAAUUAGCGGCCAUUUCGAUCAGAGAAUCCGAUUUUGGGAUACCAGAGCCGAAUCUAGUUCGAAUGACAUUCUAUUGGAGGGAAAAGUGACGUCAUUGGAUCUGUCCCGUGAUGCAAAUUACCUUUUGAGCUGUGUCAGGGACGAUACGUUGAAACUCAUUGACCUGCGGAUGAAGAAGAUCAUCGGUUCGUUCAGUGCUGAUGGGUUCAAAGUUGGUUUCGAUUGGACACGAGCAACUUUCAGUCCCGAUGGACAGUACAUAGCAGUUGGAUCUUCAGAUGGGUCCGUUUUCAUUUGGUCUGUUGCUACGAACUUGAUCGAAACUGUUCUCAAAAAUCAUUCGGCUGUGGUGACAGCUGUUUCUUGGCACCUUCACGGCACCUACCUCGCAUCGGUGGACAGGGCGAAAACGGUAACAGUAUGGGGCGACCAUGUUUGAUGGGUCUCGCGAGUCAGGAAUAAAAGAUUGUUUCACGAACGAAGGUCAACGCGUUCUUUUGUGCCGAGGUGGACGUUUGCGGGAUUGAAGGGUGCAGUUGCAUGCCGCGGAGGUAUCACGAAGGACACACCGGUGCAGGAUAAUAAAAAUCAGCGGACGGUUUCGGCGCGCAGGUUGUAAACGAUAUACCGUCUCGAGAAUGCACAAAGCGAAGCAGAUUCAGCGAUGCUCGAGAUUAUUGUUGUACAUAAAACUGCGCUGAUUGUUGCCCCCCCAGGUUGUAAAGAUUUCCUUUUUCAGGGUAAUAUCUGCGCGCCCUAAACGCCUCGCGCAUUGAACAGAUUACACUGUCCAACGGGUAUUUUAUUUUACAAAAUCCAAUGGGUUUUCUUAUACACCUUUAUCCAUUCAUAAUUUUUAGAAAUUAGAAAUUUAAUCUAAAUAAUUGAAUUGUAGAUGUGCAAAUUAAUUCAGUGCCUUUCUAACUUGAAUGUUUGAAUAUUCCUGCGCUUCUGUGUAUUUGAAAAGUGGCAGGAAAAUAUAAUAGCAAUAAAAAUUACUUUAAUAACUGAACCUACCGUGACUUUUUUAAAAUAAAUUUUCGAUAAAUAAGAAAAGAAAAGACACAAAAUUAAUUUGUACAAAAUUAAAAAAAAAAUACCCAUUGAAUUUAGAAUAAAAAAUACGAUUGUUUGGACGGUGUUAUCACAGUUAUCUUCUCGAGAUUUGCCCAUAAGAGACCAUUUCGCGUUUGAAUCGUCCGCGUCGUCCAUGUUGGACCAUUUCGCGGGAAUCUGGUUGCUUUGGAAAAGAAAUAGUGGAACGUAAUCGUCGGAUGAUUAAUCACAGGUCAGAUUUUUUUGCGUGAUGAUCUAACAGGAAGUUUUAAAAUCUCUGGGCGCAAGCAAAACCAGUGAGCAAGUUUGUUAAUUGCCGAAGCAGCCGUGAAAUCGAGUCUACCCCCCGCGAACUUCUCCAACGUCAGCGAGUUUCGAACGUUUUUAUCGUAAGUCUGACUUAGGAUGGGAUUGGAUGUAUUCGUUGAACGAAGAUGCACAAUAAAGUUUUAAUAACCGA